CGGCCAGAGGCUCUUACUGGACGGGAGCGACGAGGGAGAGACCGGAGGGACGGAGGGCGUCAGGACAGGACAGGAGCGCAAGUCUCCGCCGCAUCGCUCCCCAGCCUCGACCCUGGAAGAGCUGCGGUGCUGAGCUGAGCUGAGGAAAGAAAACCGUUCAGAGAGAACCGGCGUUCAGCGAGAUCGGGAGGAAGACGAACGAGGAGACGCUCUGAACGAGAGGAGCUGAAGAGAAUCAAAUCACAUCUGAGGAAUUAUCAUCGCCACGGUCAGGCUGAACCAGGAUCUGUGGACUUUUCUUUGCCUUUUGCUUGUUUUUUUGUUUUUUUAAUCCUCUCUGUUUUUGUGAUUCCUUGAAGCUGAAUCUUUUCGCUCAGCCGUGAAAGUCUCCGUAAUGUUUGUCCGCGGCGUCUGCCUGAGAGAUAAAAAGCUCCGGACUCUUUUUUCUUUGUAAACGUUUGUUUCGCCAACUUUGAGAGAAGCCCUGGGAGUCGUGGGGGAUUUUUUUUUUCCUCCACCACUUUUAACUUGCGGCUCUUUAAAUGAGCGGUUUUGUAUAUCUCUUAUCUCCCUCUGUCUUUCCCUGAUAACGUUUAUUUCUUCCCGUAAAAACUAAGAGAAGGCAGCGACUGUUUCUCAGCCCGGAGCCAGUAAAGCAUUUGCAUUCUGGUUCGGCUUUCACCAGAAGGACAAGUCCUUCCUUGUGUGUCUUACAGAGUGUGUGUUUGUGUGGCCAGAGUGUCCCUCUGUGAUACUACGUCGUGUUUCGGGGGACAAUAACCGACCCUGUGUGUCUCCCCUGGGAAAAUGGGAUCAGAAAAGGACUCGGAGUCGCCUCACUCCUCUGUGAGCGGCGUCCCCAACCCUAAGUGCCGUGCGGCGGGCAAACGCCAGGGCCGCAUCUCCUUCCACAACUUCUUCCACAGCAAACGGGGGUCUCGGGGUACCCGGCCCCCCAAGGGAGGGGCCGCCCCCCCUUCAUCGCAUCACCACCACGCGCAACAGCAGCUGCUCCCGUCCUCCCUGGGCUCAGCGCCGGCGGCGGCCUCAGCGACGCCCACAGCGACGACCACCGCCGCCGCCACCACAGCCGCCACGACCCCCCAGGACGCCGCCUCAAGCACCCCCUCGAAGCCGCUCUCCUCCAGCCAGCCGUCCCUGGGUGGAGCCACGUCCUCCGGGGAGGCCAACCUCCUGGAGUGCCCCCUGUGCCUGGUGCGCCAGCCCGCCGACCAGCUCCCCGAGCUGCUGGGCUGCAGCCACCGCUCCUGCCUCUGCUGCCUGCGCCAGUACCUCCGCAUCGAGAUCACCGAGAGCCGGGUCCAGCUCAGCUGCCCCGAGUGCGCCGAGAGGCUGGCCCCGCGGCAGGUGGCCGACAUCCUGGACGACGCGGCCCUGCUGGACAAGUACGAGGAGUUCCUGCUGAGGAGGUGCCUCGCCUCCGACCCGGACUGCCGGUGGUGCCCGGCGCCGGACUGCGGGUUUGCCGUCAUCGCCUCGGGCUGCGCCAGCUGUCCCAGGUUGGUUUGUCGGCGAGAAGGCUGCGGCGCAGAGUUUUGCUACCACUGUAAACAGGCCUGGCACCCCAACCAGACCUGCGACUCGGCCCGUCAACAGAGGGCGCAAUCCCUGCACACCCACAGCAACCACUCGCCCAGCUACACCCAGGAGCAGGGCCCCGCUGACGACAUCAAGCCGUGUCCUCGCUGCGGCGCCUACAUCAUCAAGAUGAACGACGGAAGCUGUAAUCACAUGACCUGCGCCGUCUGCGGCUGCGAGUUCUGCUGGCUCUGCAUGAAGGAGAUCUCCGACCUGCACUACCUCAGUCCAUCUGGCUGCACGUUCUGGGGGAAGAAGCCUUGGAGCAGGAAGAAGAAGAUCCUGUGGCAGCUGGGCACUCUGAUCGGAGCUCCGGUCGGCAUCACGCUCAUCGCAGGCAUCGCUGUCCCCGCCAUGGUCAUCGGCAUCCCGGUUUACGUCGGCCGCAAGAUCCACGCCCACUACGAGCUGAAGAAGUCCUCUCGCCACAGAAGGAAUUUGGCCAUCACGGGGGGCGUGGCCCUGUCAAUCAUCACGGCCCCGGUCAUCGCGGCCGUCUCCGUGGGCAUCGGCGUUCCCAUCAUGCUGGCCUACGUGUACGGCGUCGUGCCCAUCUCCCUGUGCAGAGGAGGCGGCUGCGGCGUGAGCAGAGGGAAGGGACGAGGCGUGCGGAUCGACUUCGACGACGACGAUGGACCGAUCACAGUGGCGGACGCGUGGCGAGCCCUCAAGUCUCCGAGCCUCGGGGAGAGCAGCCUGGACGGGGCGGUCAGCGGCAUGAGCACCACCUCCCCCAGCGAGGGGCUGUCCGUGGCCCCGGGGGCUCUGGGCGACACCCCCCACUUCAACACCCUGGCCGGUGGCGCUCUGGGGACUCGCACCAGCAAGUACAGCAGGCUGGAGGUUCAAGCAGGGGAGCUCGCUAAAGAGUCAGCCCAGAGAGAGACAGGCAGCCUGGGAGCAGGAAGCGACUGUGCCAGCACCCGAGGAAUGGCCGGAUCCAUCAUCUCCUCCUACACUCUACCUGACAGGGAGUGCACCAACCUGGAGAUCCAGGUGGACAUCGAGACCAAACCCAGCCAUCUCUGCCUGACCAGCGAAGAGGACCUGACCCCGCACCCAGGCUCCGCUGCCAUGGCAACCGCCUCAGGAGGGGAGGAGCCCCAGGACUGCAGCUCCAGGAGGGGCGGGGCUCUGUCCGGCUCGGCGCUGGGACUGUCGCCCGGGGCGUCCCUCAGGGAGGGGCUCAGAGACGUGACCCUGGCUCAGCCGGAGAGCAUCCGCAGCGACCUGGAGAUGUCCGACACGCAGUCGGACGACAUCGCCGAGCUGACGUCCGACGACUGCGACUCGCCCCGCCCCAAGAGCUGCCACCCGGCGGGCGGCCAGCAGCCCCCGUCCUGCCGAGCCCUGAACCCCUCCACCGAAGGCCUUCACUGUCCCGCGGACAGCAGCGUCAUCCUCUACGUCUGAGACAGCUGCAGCUCUCAGGAUCGCACAAGAGAAACUAACCAUCCAUUUCCCCCCGGACAUUUCCAUUUUAACUCCGCCCCCCCCCUUCACAGCUUUGUUCCCCCCUCGUCAUCUCUCGUUUGCUGCUUCUCACAGACACCGUCUUAAAACACAGACAGCGUUUGUUUACUUUUGUCUGUCUGUCUUAUUUUUCUACCUGCCAAUCUUCUCUCCGAGUAAAUUGUCAGGGCUCUACCUCUGAGAUUUAUAAGAUGAUGAUUUAUGUUUACUCCUUGGUGCAAAAUGCCUUGGCUGCUUAAGCAAAAAAAAAAAAAGAAAGAAAGAAAGAAAGAAAGGAAAUAUAAGAGGAGGUACAAAUUUUCCACGAGAAAUAUUGCAAAAUAGAAAUUAUGAAAUAAGGUGAAAUGUCACCAAGCACAGCAGAGAGAGAAGAGGAUUGUUGGGAUGUUUGCCGAGGACGGAGGGGAUGUUUAUAACAAGUGUGUGAAUGAAUGUGGACUUUGUACUGAAAUAUUGUGGCUUUAUUUUCCUUUUCCUCCAUCUAUUUAUAUUCAGACGACCUUGAAAUUGUAUUAUUUUGCCGCGCGCAUGAGUCUGCAUGAGCCGUUCCUCGUCUGGAAGGGUUAAGAGGGCAGCGAGUUUCUGUUACACUGGUGAAAGUUUACUUCAGAGGACGGAACUGCACUUGAAUCUCAGUUUCCCCCGCACAGAGGAGGAGGAGGAGGAGGAGGAGGAGGACGAUGGACAUAGGGACAAAAGCAAAACAAAAAAAAGGUCCAUGCUGCAGAAAUAUAAGACAGAGUUCUGACAGUGACACGUGAUUGAGUUGAGAUUUAUUAAAAAUCUUAAUCUCAAACAUGCAGAAAUCAAAAAGUGCUGCUGGUUUUCUAGGAUUUUUUAAUUUUUUUUAUUAUUAUUAUUAUUUUUUUAGUCAACUCAUACAAGCCUGUUAUAACGUCAAGAUGAAACACUUGAAACUUGAAACCACUCUGGAGGAGCUGCAUGAAAGCGAGAGGCGAUGCAGUCGCGCUCCGGUGUCUUUAUACUGAAUGAUAAGCUCGUUAAAACAGCAGCAUUGAUUCCUGGUUCAGAUUGUUUUGGGAAAUAGGAACAAAAUCUACAAUGCAGUAUUGAAAAAAGAAAAGAAAAAAAAAAGCACAAUUUAAACUCCACUAACUGUUCUUUUACAAAACUUUAAACUACCUUGCACUGUUUUUUUUUUUUUUUCAGUUUUCAUUUUGAGAGCAAAGCAGAGGAAACCCUGAAGAUGUGGAAUAAACCAGUGAUGUGUUAUAAUGGGCUAUUUGCCAUAAUACAUUACUGAUUUAAAAAAAACCUUAUACUGGGCUCAGACUACAGGAGUUUCGACUAGACGUGUCGCUCACCGUUACGACCUGCCUCUUCCUCAUGACCGAGCCUCAGAGUUACAAAUAUGAAUGUUUCAUUUCAGUGAAUUAGACUCAGAAAUGCAAACGGACGAUGGGUCUCCUCAGCCCAUGCGUCACCUCUAUUGCCACUACGAAGCCUGUGUGGAUGCAGAGGCAUGUAACAGUCCUGCAGUGAGCUGCAACCAAUGAUUAUUUUCAGCCAUUAACUAAAGUAAUCAGAAAAGCCCAUUUUAAUUCCCCCUAGUAGAGCCUAAAAGUUGACGCUGCAUUAGUCUGGAAAAUACCAGAAUGUUUUAUUCAAAGCUGAAUAUUUCCCACCCGCUGGCCACUGUCAGAACUCUCCGUGUUUGUUUCUGGUUGUUUGCCGACACUUGCCGACCAACGCGACCGCCACCUGUCGUGGUAGUUGUGUGUUCGUAUUAACUGGCUCUCACUUGAACGUUGCGUGAAUGAGUGAACUCCUGUUGAAUGUAUUUCUGUGUCCCACUGUGUUGUUGUUGUUUUCGUUUGUUCUGUUUCUGAAUGAGCACUUGUGCACUUUAUCUGAAUUGACCUUAUUUAUCCUUUGUUUUUGUUUUUUUGUUUUUUUUUUUGUCGCUGUUCAUUGUCUCUUGCUAUGAGUGAGGUUUUACUUGAGUUGCAUACAAAAAGUCUGUGGUACAACCAAAUGAAAUCACCUACCAGAGGGCCUUUUAUGUUGGAUGUAACUAAGUAAGAGUUUGGUUCCAAAACAUUUUGAAAAUCAUUCAGUAUUUUUUAACGUGUUUGUUUUUAUAAUACAUUUUGUGAUGCAAGUACUGUAAUUAUCUUUAUGUUUUUCUAUUAAUUUAUGUUGUACUAAUUCUUUUCUCUUUCUUUUUUUUUUUUGGACAUCUCAUUUUGGAGCCAAACACUUGAAUUAUUGAUGCCGAUAAGCUUUUCUUAAUCAUAGCCUGACUUGUUUCUUAGCUUUGUAUCACCUCUGUGCUUCUGUUUAAAAGACAAAAAAAAAAAAAAAAAAAACUAAAAAAAAAAUGUAUUAAAAGGGUUCCCACCAGGUUUUUACUUUCGCCUGGAGGGAAUCAACCCGGGAGCCUUUUUUUUCCAUCUCAGAGUAGCUUUAUGGAUUUCGCUGCUUACGUGACUUGGCAGUGCUUCGUUUGGUCUGCACUUAUCACUAGUUUCUGCCUGCCUGCCUGUGAGAAAACACACGAAUGUACCACGGACGGAAACCCGAAACUUCCUGGAUGAGUGUUAGUGGAUGGAAAAAUGUCCCGUUAGGAACACAGGUGGUUCUGUCCUUAUUUGAAGAGGUUUAGAGUUUAUAGAUAGCAAUAUUUAAGUGUUAUUAAACUGUUUGUGUAUUUCCUGUCACUGUCGAAGCCCUGAUCCCGUGUGGGGUUUGUACAUGCAGGACUGUGAAAGACAACUUGUGGAGCUUUGGGGUGGACAAAUAAAUAAACACAAUCCGAUGUUGCACCAAA